UAAAAUUCGGUUUUCAGCCGACGUGAAGGCGGGAGUAGUCUAGUCGAUGAGUGAAUAUGUCUUGUGAGCAUUCUGGAUGUAGAAAGCGAGGGAGAAAGCGGAAAUAUGACGACAACAGUGAAGGAGAGGAGAAGAGACGCAAGACGCACGCGAAAGUGGAACAGAGAAGGAAGUCUGGGAUCACAGAGCAGUUGAAGAGAUUGGCCUCGUUGUUGCCAGACAAGUGUACAUGUGAAACUCACGGAUUGAGUCAUUUGUAUGUAUUGGAGAGGACGCACGCUUUGUUACAGAUUUUGACCGUGCAGAACAGGGACUUGAAAUCAAAGUGUGUAAAUGUCUCAGUAGAAGAGUGCGAGACUGAGGUGAAGAAUCUGGAGGCCAAACUGGACGACUUGAAGAGAGAAAAUGAGAGACUAAAACUGCUGAUUAACGAAGCAGAAACAUUCCUAAAAAACAAACAAGAUUGCACGACUAACGACUCAACUCGACAAAAAAGGCAGACAGAAAGGGAGCCAACACAUACUGCAGUAGCUACUGCUUGUGGCACAUCUCACUGUGCAGUAGAGGGUCCAACCACAUCCACAUCAACUUCAUCAAGUCAGUUUGUAUCUGUCGCUGCUCUCCUGUCUUUGCACACGAGGAACACUCAACAAAACCAAGACCACGCUGUCGUCUCCUUGUCUCAGCCUCAAGUACAGCCUGCUAUGUCACAAGCGUCUCAGACAGAAGUGAUGACGUCGUCACAAGGAGGAUUGAUGACAUCACAAAUAGGAGUGUCUACAUCUACAACAGCAGUGAUGGCGUCACAGAUGAGAGACAGAGUAGAGACAGGAGUGACGCCACAAACUGGAGUGGUGACAUCACACAUUGGAGUUGUGGUGCCACACACUGGAGUGAUGACUUUACAGACUGGAAUGAUGACAUCACAGACUGGAGUGACGCCACCACAGACUGGAGUGACGACGCCACAGAUUGGAGUAAUGACGUCACAGACUGGAGUGACGACGUCACAGACUGGAGUGACGACGUCACAGACUGGAGUGACGACGUCACAGACUGGAGUGACGACGUCACAGACUGGAGUGACGACACCACAGACAGGAGUGAUGAUGCCACAGAUUGGAGUAAUGACACCACAAGCUGGAGUGAUUACGUCGCAGACUGGAAUGUCUGCGUCACAGAUUGGAGUGAUGACGCCACAGACUAGAGUGAUGACAUCAAAAGUGGGCGUGGUGGCAUCACAGACAAGAGCGAUUAUGUCAAAGAGGCAAGUGAUGACAUCACAGCCAGGGCACUCGAUGUUGCAGACGAAAUUAAUGACAUCACAGGCAUCACGGAGUCUAUUGUCAUCACAGCCGAGUACGAUUACAUUGCAAUCGGAUGUGGCAAGCGUAAACAUGUUGAACCAGAGUAAUGUGUCACAAUCGACAACGACGAUGCGACAACCAUCACAUCACACGUGCUUGAAUUCAGGAAAUGCAACCAUUGAGAGACACGCAGCCGCACGACAAUAUCGACUAUCAUCUGACUGUUUCGUUGACUCCACAUCCGAACCUUUUACGAGUCGUUUGCCUCCGAGAUCAACCCACACCACAAAUCACCGUUCAUCAUGUACACCAACAUCUCACCUCCCAUCACUUUUACACCAGACUCCAAACGACGUUCGAUAUCACUCACCAUCUCAACCAUCUAACGACCGUUUUGCUUCUACAUUUGGUUGCAUCGCCAGCAAUGGCAGCGCGUCGCGUUAUACAUCCAGCCAGCACAUCACGUCGUCGCGUGAUCAAGCUGCAAGCUACGCCAGAGACUGUAUGGUCAUGCCACGACGUGAAGACAACAACAGCAGGUCGUUACAACAUCCGGAGAGCUCACGAUAUUUCCCACGUUGUGAGGCGGGAAGGCUCGAGACGGACGCUUCCGUUUCUCUGUAUUUGCCCGAUUCGAACUGCCAGGCGCAGAGAAAUGCAAGACGAGACACAUCGUCGUUCUCUGUUCUUUCGCUCACCGGACAGUCGAGAGAGCAGCGAUCCUUGUCACUUCCAGUACACGAGACAGCCGAACAGCUGCGUCAUCGUUUGCCAAUACACGAAAACUACCGGAGCUUUAAUCCACAGAGCAGGCACGUGCCGAGCUUUAGUCAAUGGCAGGAAGCGCCGACAGUGAGUUACAGCCCUCUGAAGCACAUCAAGCCGCACGAAAAAUUUAAAGGGAAUUUUUCGAUCAACGCAAUUCAGGGCAACAGAAACAUGCCGUCUCAUUCACAACCGAUGAGUCAGUUUAGCAUCGAGAGACUGACGAGCCGCCAGUUCGAACACAACCGCGUGCCCGUGCAGUCACGCUUCGAUAUCCAAUCGAUGAUCACAUCACGUGAUGAUCACGUGACACCAAGAGUUGCUCCCGACCAAUGGGAGAGCGGCUCGAACUAUGCGGUCACAACACGGUUGCUAGGUAAUGAUCACCACCAAGAGAGUGCGACGACGACGUCGUCUAGUUUCCUAACACAUUUUAAUGGACAGAAUGUGGAGCGAAGAUCUCGAGUAUUGAUACCAACCGGGGAACAAGGUGGGUCGUAUUUGUCAAACUGUCAGUGGCAACGGCCACAGGCAGCACAUGUGGGCAGCUCUACGGCUUCGCCGCUGUUGAGUUUUUCAGGUGAAGUGACUAGCAGGACGUUGUCGGGUCAACAGUUGGGUUGGCAAGCGAGUAGCUACAAUGGAUACUGAGAUACGAUGAAUGGAAAGUUAUUGACUUGAUGUGUAUUGACUUGUGGGACUCGCUUGAAGAUAUUUGUGUAUUUUUUAUGAUUUUUAGAAGAGAGGAGUGUUGGUUGUUAUGGUGAGUCGGUAUAAUCAAAUUUGGUAUAAUUGGAUGGAGUUGGUUGGUUGUGUGUACUGUUAUGUAAUGUAUUGUUGU